CUUUUUGUUCCUAGAAGGACAUUCCUUGGCCAAAGUUCACCAUGGUCUGGUCUGUGUUCUUCCUUGCACUCCUCACUUACUGCACAGGCAUUGAUGGUCAGUCCACUUGGACUCAGCCUCCCUCAAGCUCCGUGUCCCCAGGUGGAACCGUUACACUGUCCUGUUUAACAACUCACAGUUCCUACAAUAUUGGCUGGUAUCAACAGAAAGCAGGAGAAGGCCCUCAUUUUGUCCACUGUGAUGGCUGCAGUAGCAGGGGAGAAGGGAUCCCAAAUCGGUUCACGGCCACGAGAUCUGGGAAUACAGGAUCUUUGGCCAUCACCAAUGCAGAGGCUGGAGACGAGGCAGUUUAUUACUGUGGUAACUGGAACAGUGCAGUUACUGAGUUACACGGUGAAACAGUGAAAGGAACCGAUGAAAAAUUGGAGAAGGAAGAGAUCAUUUUCAGCUGUUUAGUACUGAAAAAGGAGAAGGAUAAAUGGAAUGGUAGAAGGACACAGCAUGGAAAAGUGGUCCCUGGAACAGGUGGAACCGUCACACUCUCCUGCACGACAACACAGAGUACGAAGAGCAUUUCCUGGUUUCAACAGAAACCUGGAGAAGUCCCUCGCUAUGUCCAUUGUAGUGGCUGUAGUGACAGGGGAGAAGGGAUCCCAGAUCGGUUCACUGCCACCACAUCUGGGACUACAGGAUCUUUGGCCAUCACCAAUGUGCAGGCUGAAGACGAGGCAGAUUAUUACUGUGGUAGCUGGAAUAGUGCUGAUACCAUGUUGCAUGGUGUUGAAUUCUUAUAG